AUCUCUCUUCUUCCUCUCUUUACUUAUCGUGUGAGACGUUUUUUUUUAUUGUGUGGUUUUCGUGAAGAGUUGCUUAAUUUGUGGUCUGGUUCAUUAAUCAACUUAGAAAUUGUGAUUAGAGAUGUUUUAGAGGACAGAAAACAUUCUCUGUUUCUGUUAUGUACUUGAAAUCUUGAUUUGUUUGAAAGUAAUUAGUGUGUGUGAUGAUGCUAGAGGCCUACUUCGAGCUUGAGCUGAUGUAUUUAUAAUCAGGCUUAAAUUGAUGAUGUAUUUGCAGAAGAAAAUUUGCUAACUAAAGAGGUUUUGGUUCUUUUGCUUUGGUGUCAUCGUCAUGAUUUUGUCUCAUGAUCACAAACUCUGUUCAAUGGGGUAUGUAAUCAUGGAGAAGAGAUUCGUAUGCUCAUUUGUGAUCACAUCUCUCGUCUGCGUUGUUCUCCUUGCAACUUCCUUCAACAUUGGUUUAAUGUCUUCCCUUCGACCACCAAUCAACGGAACUUUAUCUCAUUCAGCUGAAAAUGAUUCAGAAGCCAAGGACAAGCUCCCACGUUUCGCUUACCUUGUUUCAGGAUCUAAAGGAGAUCUUGAAAGUCUUUGGAGAACUCUUAGAGCAGUGUACCAUCCAAGAAACCAGUACAUUGUUCACUUGGAUCUUGAAUCACCGGUUAACGAGAGAUCAGAGUUGGCUUCUCGCAUUAAAAAAGAUCCUAUGUUUUCAAACAUAGGGAAUGUGUAUAUGAUAGCUAAAGCUAAUCUUGUGACUUAUACCGGACCAACAAUGGUAGCGAAUACACUUCACGCAUGCGCUAUUCUUCUUAAAAGAAGUCCGGAUUGGGAUUGGUUUAUCAAUCUUAGUGCUUCGGAUUACCCCCUCGUGACUCAAGAUGAUCUGCUUUACACGUUUUCGACUUUGGACCGGAGCCUCAACUUUAUCGAACACACAAGUAACUUAGGGUGGAAAUACAAGAAGCGGGCAAUGCCAUUAAUGAUUGAUCCUGGACUCUAUAUGUUGAACAAAUCAGACGUUUUUUGGGUCUCUUCUAAGCGAAGUUUACCAGCUGCUUUCAAGUUAUUUACUGGAUCAGCUUGGAUGGCUCUAUCACACUCAUUCGUGGAGCAUGUCAUAUGGGGUUGGGACAAUUUACCAAGAACUUUACUCAUGUACUACACCAAUUUCGUUUCUUCUCCUGAAGGUUACUUCCAUACAGUCAUAUGUAACACGCCAGAAUUCUCCAAAACCGUAGUGAACCAUGAUCUUCACUACAUAGCUUGGGACAAGCCACCGAGACAGCAUCCUCGCGUGUUGUCCGUAAGAGACAUGGAACAGAUGAUUGCGAGCGGAUCUGCAUUUGGUAGGAAGUUCAAAAGAAAUGACACGGUUUUGGAUAAGAUCGAUAAGGAACUCCUUACGCGGAUGAACGAAGACGGUUUUACUCCCGGUGGUUGGUGUGGUGGGAAACCAGAAUGCUCGGUUGUUGAAGACAUGGCUAGGAUCAGACCUAGCUCAGGGGCUGAGAGGCUCAAGGGGCUUGUAGAUAGGUUAGUUACAGAGGCUAAAUCAGGAAAGAAUCAGUGUGUAUAGAGAGAAUCAAUUUCUUGUGGAGGAGUAUAUUGCAGUUCCAGGCUAUACAUAUAGAUCACAGAUUGAUUGUAUAAUUCUUUAGAAGUGAUUAACUAUUACUUGUAUGUUAAGUUA